GCUUGGUUCAGGUUCCGGGGCGCCGCGGAGCUCCCGGCCUGUGGGUCGCGCGCGGCGCUCUGCGGCGGCCGGGAUGGAGGAGGCCGGAGCGGUGGUGGUCACGGCCGGGGAGGCCGAACUGAACUUGUCCCGCCUCAGCGUGUCCCCCGAGACCCUGGAGUCGGAGCUGGAGGCGCGGGGCGAGGAGCGGCGCGGCGCGCGGGAGGCGCUGCUGCGGCUGCUGCUGCCGCACAACCGUCUGGUGUCGCUGCCGCGGGCGCUGGGCAGCGGCUUUCCGCACCUCCAGCUGUUGGACGUGAGCGGCAACGCGUUGACCGCGUUGGGGCCGGAGCUGCUGGCGCUGCGCGGCCUGCGCACGCUGCUGGCCAAGAACAACCGGCUCGGCGGGCCCGGCGCGCUGCCCAAGGGCCUGGCCCAGUCGCCGCUCUGCCGCAGCCUCCAGGUGCUCAACCUUAGCGGGAACUGCUUCCAAGAGGUUCCAGCCUCGCUGCUGGAUCUGCGCGCGCUGCAGACCCUCAGCCUCGGCGGCAACCAGCUUCAGAACAUCCCAGCCGAGAUCGAGAACUUGAGGAGUUUAGAGUGUUUAUAUCUUGGAGGAAACUUCAUCAAAGAAAUCCCGCCAGAAUUAGGAAAUUUGCCUUCUCUAAAUUACUUGGUAUUAUGUGACAACAAAAUCCAAAGUGUGCCUCCUCAGCUUUCACAGUUGCAUUCACUUCGUUCCCUCAGUCUUCACAAUAACUUGCUGACAUACCUGCCUCGAGAGAUCCUCAACCUUAUUCAUUUGGAAGAAUUGAGUUUGCGAGGAAAUCCAUUGGUUGUUCGUUUUGUUAGAGAUUUAACCUAUGAUCCUCCAACUCUCCUGGAGUUAGCUGCACGGACCAUUAAAAUUCGAAAUAUUUCCUAUACUCCCUAUGAUCUUCCUGGGAAUCUUCUUAGAUACUUGAGUUUAGCCAGCAAUUGCCCAAACCCAAAGUGUGGAGGAGUCUACUUUGAUUGCUGCGUCAGACAAAUUAAAUUUGUGGACUUCUGUGGGAAAUACCGUCUCCCCCUGAUGCACUACCUGUGUUCACCGGAAUGCUCUUCCCCUUGCAGCUCUGCCUCUCACAGCUCCACAUCCCAGAGCGAAUCUGACUCAGAAGAUGAAGCCAGUGUGGCUGCACACAGAAUGCAGAAAGUUCUUCUUGGCUGAAAAGGGAGCAGGGUGGUGUGAAACACUAAAAGACUCAGCAGAGGUGGUUAGAAAAGAGAAUAGACUUGGAAGUUCACUAGAAACCGUACCUUCAUCUUAAAUGUCCAUGACGGAGUUGGAGAUGGUGUAAAAGAUUUUGUGUUUCUAGCCAUUCAGCAGGAAUGAGUCCAGUUCCAUGUUUGGAUUCUUUUAAUAUAAUUUCACUGUGAAUGGCAGUUUCAGAUUUAGCUGAUUGUUUGCAGUUUUCACUCAAGUUUUGCAUGAAUCACACAGCAGAAUGGAACAUCCUGAAGGAGCAGUGCUAUAAUAAACCAUGAGUGGUGUAACUUGUGACAGUUGAUAUGAAGAUAGAAAUGAUCAAAGAUGUAAUUUUUACCAGAGUUGUCCUUGAGUUUAGGUUGAACACUAUACCGUAACAGGAUUAGCCCUCCAUUCUUUUAUUACCCAUAUGUCUAGAUUACAGAGUUACUCAGACAAGCUCACAGAUGGUUACAUAGGACCUAAACCUUUCUCAGCUACUGACUGGUAAAGUAAGGGAUAUAACUUUCAUGUGGGGUUUAAAAACUCUUCACUUCUGCUCCUUUGUUCUAUAUGAUUGUUGUUACCCUUGUAUAAUCCAGCAAUGACUGUAAUAGUGCCUUAAUCAUAACAAGGAUUUAGAAAUUUAUUCGAGAAACGAUACCAGAGCAGCCUAUAACCUGACAUACUAUGCAGAACACUUUAAAAUAUGCUUUAACAGAACUAGGCAAACAACUGUAUAUCUGACAUCUGAGCUCAUAGCCACCUUAACUUCAUUUUUUGUUCAAACAAAUCACUUUUAUAGUUAAUGGGAGGCCACGAUCUUGAUCAGUCUGUUCAUCAUAAGACAGAAUAAUAGUUUUUAAUGGAAAAAUCUGUCAGAUUUCUUUUAACAGAAAAGAGAUGUAAGAUAGGAAACUUCUUUAUGUCGUGCAUUAAAGGAGUGGGAAAAUGAUUUUAAAGGUUUUAGCAGUCCAGUAUGACUCCUUUGCCUGUGUGUACUGAACUGUAACUUCCUCUAAUGUUAAAGAAAAACUAGAGAAACAUUACAAGUGAAAUAAAAUUGGGCACAGCAGUCAUUGUGUUUUUACACAAUAGAACAGUUUCCAAAACAAGUUUAACCAUGGAGUACUUUUUGAAAAUAAUAUAUUGAUAAAAUAUUUUAAAUGUAUUAAAUAUAUCCUUAAAGUACAGCAGAAAAAUGGUUUCACAAGUUGCCAAUAGAAAUGACAAAUUUUUAUUAACUAGCAUGCAGUAAAAAUUGAGUAAUAGUACAACUGUAAGUUGACAUUGUAAAAUGAAGUACAUAGCACACAUUAGCAAUCGUUAGCUAACUAAUCUGUAAUAACGUAAUGGUUUGUUGGUAAAUACUACCUGUAGAGUAAUACAAAGGUCAGAAACACAUUGGAACAUCAGAUGAUCUCCUUUCUGACUUCUGGCAUUCAUGACUGGGGCACACCAUUUCCUAAAAGCAAGUUGUUGUAUAAUAGUGAUAUGUACAUAUGUUAGGUUUUUGUCACAUAUAUUUUUUAUUUUAGAAGAAAAUAUACUGUAGGAUAGUUUGUUUAUUAUAUGUUAAUUCAUGGAACAUCAUGAGAGUUUCAUGACUGCAGUUGUGAAAUGCUGCUAUAGAGUGAAUCCCUUCACUCUGUUGUAAUAAGAUUCUUUUUUCCUUUUGAUCCAGAAAUUUUCUAUGUCUGUAGAAGUAAUGUAGUAUCUUUCUGCUGCCUAGCAAAGUAGUACAUGUGUGAUUAUAUCAUAAAAUAGAAGUAAUAAAAAGUCUUUGUUUACUUCUCCAUUUGAGCCACAGCAGGCUGCAUAUGACAAAAUUAUAAAAGAUAAAAGAUGAUUUAGGCAGUGCCUAGGUGGCAAGCCGAAAGUGUUUUGUAAGUGAUUUAGGUAAGAUACAUAAAAUAUUUUCACAGAAAAUAAUGUAUUCAUAGUAAAAUACUCAAAUUGAUAGGACCAAAUUUUUCUGGCUUAAAUGCCUUGGUUUACUUCCUAAUAAUUACCAGUUUGAUCUAAGUAACAGCUUGGGUAAUCUUCUAAGAGUUAGUCUUUGUGAAAUAAACAGGUAGGUAUGUAAAUAGAUGCUUAACCUUGCUAGCUUCCAGGAAAGAAGACAUACUGAUUGAUCUUUUACAGAUGUAAAUAGGUCCAACCAGAAACAGUUUCUAGUCUUUGCUGUGUAAUGUAGAUAUAUACAUUGUAUACAGCAAAAUGUCUUUCAACAAAAUGUUUGUUACGCUUCUCUAUAUGUACAUUUGAAAAUCUGUGAUCAGUAUGCAGCUCUCUUUCAUGACUUUUACUGAAAUCUACAUUUUUAGCUGUUAGUUUUAUCUUUUUUUUAUCUUUGACCUAACCUUUUAUAAGAGCUUCUAAUAAUUUCUAAACUUUUCCUGAGCUGCUAAUAAUUUCUAAGCUUUCCCCUGUUUCUUUUCUCUACCUUCCCUGUUUUCAUAACUGAUGACUGUAGAAAUUAACCAGAAGUGAGUUACAGUUCCAGAGUCAUAUAGCUGACUGUGUAUUUAAAUUGAAAGUCUCUCUGGUUGCUGAGUCACUUGUUUGUGUGUAAGUUUUUAACACUGCUGUACUUGGACAAUUUUAGUGACCAAAACUUCUGUGGAUAAAACUGCUUAACCAAAGCAUAAAUGUGUUUAGAAUGGAAUUCUUCAGUGCUAAUAUUUGGAAUUGAAAUGGAUACAUUGAACAUUCUUAGUAAUCUUUAUUCCUAGAAUCCAAUUCUCUCAGUGUCACCAAACUGAGUGGGUGAAAUGGUCCUAGGAUUUUAGGAAAUAGGAAGAUUAGCUACUAUAACGUUUUGCUUCCAUGGUGCCAGGGAUUGGUUGACCUGAGGACAAGCCAGUCAGGGUUCUCAGCAUUCUCUGUAUUUGUGUAGUAGAGGUAGGUCUGAGGGUUACUGUUCAUAUUUUACUUCUAAAUGCUUCCUGGGGGAGUCUCUUACUCUAAAAUUCUUGAUAUUUGGAACUUCAAGUUAACAAAUUUAAAAGUAACGACUUGUAUUAUAAACUGUACCUCAAACUUGAGAAAUUUUUGUACUAAUGUAAAGUUAAAAGCAGUCCACACUAGUGCAGGGUAAUACUGCAGACCAGUUCUACCAAACAUUGUAAAUACCAAUUUAAACAAAAGAAGACAAGGGAAAGGCUGAUUGCUGGAGUGUUAAAUGAAAGAAAUCUUUAAAAACCACAAAAGGCAGGGAGAGAGAAGUCACCAGACACCCAAGGAGAUCCCUGAGCCAAGAAAGUUUUUUAAAGUAAUACUGAAUUGUUUUGAAAUUAAGUGGCCCACUAACUACCAUCUGAAAGCCUGUUUAUCACUAAAUUUCUUCAGUUUCUGCUAGUGGGAGAUUGUCCACAUCCCUCCAUAAUGAAGGGCCAGCAAAUAAUAGGAUUUUCUUACACCCAACCUUGCUCUUUCCAAAGGGAGAAAGUAAUACCUCAUUAACCUGGAAUUUGUGGUACACCAUUGGUUAAUGUUUACCUUUUCACUAUGUAAAAGAGAAAAAAUACUAAGCAAAUGAUUACUGCAAAUUAAGUUUGAUCUUAUAAAGCAUUUUAGCAGUAGCUGUUUAUAAAAAAAAGUUAUUCUAAAGACCCUCUGUGGGCAGAACUUUCUAUCAGUUAUAAUAUGUAUAUAUAGUAUAUAAAAUUAGUUAAGCUGCAUUUAUUUAGAAAUACCUAAUUUUUACCUAAAUGACUCCCUUUCUUCUCAUCCAAAGUAGAGAUUUUAUGACAGUAUAACUAUCACUCCCCAUUUAGUCCAAAAUAGUCAGUUUUGAAGUUGUGUUGAGCAUUUAACAGUAAAGGCUGCUGUAUAGGUUUUAGGCAACGUGACCUGGAAUUCAUAGUUCUGAUCCCCACUGUACAGAAGAGAAGUAUUUGACCUUCACUGUUCCUGUAUUAAGCACUAUACUCUAUAACAUUAAUCUGAUGAAUUUAAUAGCAUCCAAUUUUGUAUUUUUAUUAUAGUCAUGAUCUUUUUAAAGAUAGCAGUGCCUUUAGUUGUGCUUUGAAAGUAUGUGCCUUAAAUCUUCCUCGCUGGAGCCAAAGUUUGGGGAACUAUGUCAUUUAAUAAGUUGUGUGUGACAGCCUCAUGACCCUUUGCUUUGAGUUGAAGGAGAAUGACUGUGAUCCUGAAGGACUCCUUCUACUAAAAGUAGACCUAAUGUCUCUGAGUCUAGGGAUUUUGGAGAAGGAAUCCCAAUCAUGCAUACUGUCAUAAAAGGAUUAGAGUCCCUGAAAUAAAAUCAGUGAAAAAGUAUAUUCUCUUUCAUAUAAAGAAAAUAUAUCUGCUACCACUAAGGGAUGACAAGUUCCUAACGAAUUCAUAUUAAUAGCAUCUUAUAAAGAUAUUAUUGCCAUGAGGCCUAGCAUGUUUUGUGCUUUCUUUGUAAUACCAGAUUAAAAAGGGGGUAUGGUUUAAUAUUUUUGCAUGUAAAUAUCCCCAUUCUUUUUAUGUCUCUACUUGGUUCAUAUUUGCUAAGAAUUGAUGUAGAAAAUACAGUUCACUAACAACAAACAUGACAUUAUUGAACACUCACAGGGUAAUAUUGAUUUGGGUGCUACUAGACUUUUACCUAGCACUUGCUUGUCAGUCUCAAUUUAUCGUAAGGGACAGUAUUCAAUCUAGUUAAUAUUAAAAUUUGUUAGUAUAAAGAAGGUUAUUUAUAUACAAUUAUACUGGAAAGCCAUGGUUGGAGAGACUAUCUGCAUUCAACAGAAGUUAUUCUUGCUUUUGCUCUGACUAAAUUGGAUAAAACUUUUAUUUUCAAUUCCAGUUAUGGGAAGAAACUGGGGAUAAGCUUGACAUCACUAUUGCUGGUACUACAAAAGCAUUACUAAAUUGGUUAAUUCUUCUGUCUACAACUGGUGUUUUAAGAGAAUCCUUUCACUAACUUAAAUGGUUGACGAUGUGUUACUGAGAAGGAUUAUUAACCUCAACAAUCACUUUACAACAAUUACGGAGCAAACUGUGUGCCUGCAAUUGGUGUCUGUUGCAUUUCUGAGCCCACUUUGUCUUCAUGAGAAACAAAAAUAUGGGAGAAAUAUUUUAAAUAACCAGUAUUUUAACUUUUUAUAAAGCUUGGGACUUUAAAGUAUCAACAAAGGAUAUCAAAUAUAUAUAUACUUUUACUUUAGUCAGAUUAUUUUUUAUUACCUGAUUUCUUAAUUUUCUGUAUUUGCAUUCUUGUGACUUAAUAUCUAUAUCUGUAGGUAUAUAUAUAUUUAAAACAAUGGUAACAAUAAAUGUAACUCAGCAAUGUGACUCAAUAAUUACAUUUUAUUUUUGGAACAAGAUAUAGUUUAUUGCAUCAAAUUUAUGUAUUACCUUGUAAUGGUAAAUGCUCUAAAAAGAGUAUUUAAGCUACUUCAGUUCUAUACUUCCUUUUUUCCCCCAGGACACACAAAAGAAUGUGAUCUAAUAUUAACCCUCUGUGUGAAUUUUGCCUUAUCAAACAUUGUGCCUUAUUUUAUUAAAAGUGUUUUGUUGGAA